AUGGCAGAAAACCUACCUUCUCAAACGACUUUGACUACAGCCCCGUCAAUACCUACCCAACCCAAACGAUCCAAAUCAUCAGCAUUGUUAACACCGAACCUACCAAAACUACCUAUCCCACCUCUGAAGGAAUCUUUGACAAGGUACUUGAGAGCUCUGGAAGGUCUUCAGACUCCAGAAGAGCAUGAAAAGACUAAAGAGGUAGUGAAGGAAUUCUUGCAAGGUGGAGAAGGUGAGAAAUGGCAGAAAAAAUUAGAAGAUUAUGCGAAAGAAAAAGAAAGUUAUAUAGAGGAGUUUUGGUAUGAGAGUUAUCUAUCCCAUUCAGACUCGGUGGUAUUGAGCUUGAACCCAUUCUUUGUGCUUUCAUCCGAUGUAACCCCACGUACAGAUCCUCAAUUGUCUCGAGCAGCCUCUUUGAUCCUUUCCUCGUUGUCGUUCAUUCACGACUUACGAAAUGGUUACCUCCAAGCGGACUCAAUCAGGGGCACACCUCUGGAUAUGAGUCAAUACGGAAGGUUAUUCGCUACUUGUCGUGUGCCGACCGAUCGAGGAUGUAGGAUGGAAGUUCAUGAUGAUAGUAAACAUAUUGUCGUGUUGAGAAGAGGACAAUUCUAUUGGUUCGAUUGCCUUGAUUCGAAGAACAGACCCCUCUUCUCUGAUAGAGAAAUUCUGAGCAACCUCGAAGCUAUAGUGAAGGAUGCAGACAAGACUCCUGUUCAAGCGGUCGCUAAAAACUCAGUUGGAAUCCUGACAACUGAAUCACGUAAAAUCUGGUCAAGUCUACGAGCCGAUCUAGUUAAUUCGAACAAAUUGAACGCAUCUUGCUUAUCAGUGGUCGAAUCUGCCUUAUUUGUUGUUUGCCUUGAUGAUGCCGGACCAGAAGACUUGGCGGAAUUGUGCGGUAAUUUUCUCUGUGGUGGAUAUAAAUUGGAAGGUGGUAUCCAAACUGGUACUUGCACCAAUAGAUGGUACGACAAGCUACAAAUUAUUGUCUGUUCGAAUGGUGAAGCUGGAAUCAACUUUGAACAUACAGGUGUUGAUGGCCAUACCGUCUUGAGAUAUGCUGCGGAUGUAUAUACGGAACUUGUCUUGUUAUUUGCGAAAACAAUCAAUCCUUCAACACCAUCAUUGUUUAAAUCUAAAUUAUCACCCUUCUCAAAAUCAGCUAAAAACCCACCUGCACCAGAAGAAGGCGAAGAAGAAUUCGAAACUUCACCAAAGAAAUUAGAAUGGCGUCUCACACCUGAUCUUCUGGCUGGAAUAAGAUAUGCCGAAACUCGUAUAAGUGAUCUGAUAUGUCAGAAUGAUAGUCAAGCUUUAGAAUUUAAAGGUUAUGGAGGAAAUUUCAUAAAAAGGCAUGGAUUCAGUCCGGAUGCUUUUGUGCAAAUGGCUUUUCAAGCUGCUUAUUAUGGUUUAUAUGGCCGAGUGGAAAGUACCUACGAACCAGCUAUGACUAAAGCUUUCUUACACGGAAGGACCGAGGCUAUAAGAACCGUCCAACCUGAGGCCGUGGCGUUUGUAAAAGCAUUCUGCUCUGAUAACGCUUCCGUAACUGAAAAGAUUGAAACAUUGAGAAAAGCAUGUAAGAAGCAUACUCAAUUGACCAAAGAAUGUAGUCAGGGAUUAGGUCAAGAUCGACAUUUAUACGCAAUGUAUUCCCUCAUCCGGAGGGACGUACAAUCAUAUCAUGCUUCUCGAGCGAGAGGCAGUUCUGCCACCAAUGGGAACAGUGGAAGCUACAAUGGCAACGGAAACGAAAGUCUUUCACCUUCUAAUCAAUCCGCAUUACUGUUUUCUCCUCAAGCUACAACAUCAGUCUUGUCGACAGAUGGAAGUAUCCAUGAUGGCAAUGGUAAUGGAAAUGGCAACGGAGAUAUCAGUCCACCAGAUGCACCUACACAUGGACAAGUUCCAGGUUCUACAGCACCAGAAUCAGAAAGGCAAAAACCCAGAGUACCAGCUAUAUUCAAAGAUCCAGGGUACAACUUGCUAGGUACUAGUGUUUUGUCAACUUCUAAUUGUGGAAAUCCAGCUUUGAGAUUAUUCGGUUUUGGUCCUGUCACACCUGAAGGGUAUGGUAUAGGAUAUAUCAUCAAAGAUGAAGGUAUAUCAGUCUGUAUGUCCUCGAAACAUCUUCAGACCAGAAGAUUAUUACAUACUCUUCAAGCAUAUUUGAUUGAAGUUCAAAAGAUGUUAAUUCAACUUUGGAAAGAAGCGAAUGAACGUCCAGAAGCUUUCAUUGAUCAUACCGGACAUAUGAGAGAUGCUAGAACAGGUAAGAAAAUGAAUAAUGAUGGUGAUGGUGAUGGUGAUGCAGAAGGGGACGAAAGAGAUGAUGAAUUAUUGGGAGGUUUCGGUUUCUUCGAUGUCGGCGUUCAAUCUGGUUUACCACAAGCAAGAAGAAGGAGACCUACAGUUGGUAAACAACUUGCAAUCGCGGAGUACUAA